AUGGCCAAAUCAGACCAAUGGCCAAGACGGGAAUACCCGGUACCACCAGAAAUGGCAUCAUUGUUACCGCACGCGCGCAAUGCCUUACACGCUGUGCAGCCAAUGGCCGUCAGGGCUCAGAAGUGGUCGUACGAGUCGAGCCUAUUCACUGCGGGCCAGUAUCGGCCCAUAGGGUCGUCGGCCCUAUUCGCGGCCUAUUUCUACCCAUUUUGUACGGACCCGUGCCGGUACGACACCAUGGUCAAACUGAUGAUCAGCCAUACCGUGUUGGACAAUCAUCUCAACACCCCGUACGCCGAUCCCGAUCGCCAGCUGCGCAAAGCGUCCGUAAUUAUUGGCCAAUUGUAUAGAGUGUAUGAUAAACUACAGGGUGGCCAAUACGUGUCGGCCCACUACUGGAAACCCUAUGUGCUCUCAGCGUACGCCAUAUACGAGCAGAUUUUGUCGGUUUAUAAUCCGGUACAGAAGCGGAGAUUUCUGGAGUUGUUAACCCUAUGGACGGAUGGGAUGCUCGCAGAGCGCAAUGAUUUGCAAAAUAAUAGACAGUUUGAUUGUGUGAAAGAAUUUAUCCAGGUUAGAUGCAAAGCGUUAUCGGUGUUACCGAGUCUACAACUCAUCGAAUACGCGGACUCGCUGUACGUGCCGGAGCCCGAGUGGCGGAACCCCAAAGUGCAACACCUGUUAAGCCUAUUGUGUCGACUAUUCAUUGAUGUUCUCAAAACACACGACAAGUCCUUACCGUACGAACUACUGUACGACUGGUUAGGAAAGGGUUUAUCGAUUAACACGUCGACAGACCUAUGGAGACAACGCCGUCGACUCAUAGCACCGGCAUUUCAUAGACAAACACUCGACAACUUUCUGCCCGUAUUUAACGACUUAAGCCGAGUAUUUGAACAACAAUUAUAUCGUUCACUCGAUAAGGAGAGUAUCAAUAUUUGUGAUCUUAUUUUUCCCCUGUCAUUAGAUAUUAUUGCAGAAACGGGAAUGGGAAUAAAGUUAAAUGCCCAGGCUAACGAGCACCGGGCCUAUAUCGACGCAGUGCAACAUAUUGCCCAACAUUUGAGUGAUAAUAAUAGUCUAUCACUGGAGGACAUCCGGGAAGAAGUGGACACUUUUAUGUUUGCCGGACACGACACCACCGCUGUCUGCUUAUCAUGGACGAUUUAUUUUGUUGGUUUAUAUCCGGAAAUUCAGGGUCGGAUUCACGAGGAGUUGGACACAAUAUUAGCCAACGAUUGCGAUAUAAAUACUGAAAACAUAAAAGAAUUGCAAUAUUUAGAGGCCGUAAUCAAGGAGUCGAUGCGAAUGCGAGCACCUGUGCCUACCAUUGCACGCACUCUCACCCAAGAUCUAACAGUUGGUUCCUAUACUCUACCAAAAGGGAUUUCAAUAUUGCUUUUACUAGAUGAAUUGCACAGAGACCCUGAUAUAUACGAACAUCCGCUAUUAUUUAACCCAGAUAGGUGGUUAUCCCAAAAACAUGAUGAUGAUGGUAAAGCAGCUAAUUUUAUGCCAUUCUCAUUGGGCGCCCGCGACUGCAUUGGCCAGAGGUUUGCUAUGAAUGAGCUGAAAGUGGUUUUGGGCCGAGUCUUACAUUGCUAUGCAUUUCGAUCACUCGAACCCAUAGACAAAGUGAUUGAAUAUCACGCUAUGGUUAAGAAACCUAAAUAUGAGAAUAUAGCUGAACGCGAAUACCCGGUGCCGGACAGUAUGGUAUCAACGCUGCCGUUCGCGCGCAACGCCUUACACGGCUCGCAACCCAUGGCCGAGAGGGCUCACCAGUGGUGGCACGAGUCGAGCCUAUUCACGGCUGGCCAGUACCGGCGGGUCAGGUGUUCAGACCUGUUCGCAGCGUAUUUCUAUCCGUUUUGCGUCGACGAGCGCCGGUACGACACGUUGCUCCGGGCGGUGAUCGCCUUUUUCGUGUUGGACGACCAUUUGGAGGCCCCCUAUGGCGAUGUCAAACGCCGGGUGCCCGAAGCCCAGGCCAUUAUUGGCCAAUUGUACGCCGUGUAUGCUAAACUACUGAACGAGACUGGCCAACUGCAUGUGCCCGCCCACACCUGGAAGCCGUAUAUGUUGGCCACGUAUGCCAUCUAUAAUGAUAUUUUUUCAGUUUAUAAUGACGUACAAAAGCGCCGGUUUGUCCACUUGUUCACCGCGUGGACAGACGGUAUGAUUGAGGAAUGUGCAGACAUUGCCCUUAAGCGACAAUUUAAUAAUGUAGAAACAUUUAUUGAGGUGCGAAUGAAGGCCAUUGCAGUCAUACCAACGCUACAACUCAUCGAAUACGCGGACUCGCUGUACGUGCCGGAGCCCGAGUGGCGGAACCCCAAAGUGCAACACCUGUUAAGCCUAUUGUGUCGACUAUUCAUU